UUAUCCGGUCCACAUCGUCAACAACGAACCUACAUUUUUUUAUUAUAGGUUUUAUAGAAUUUGAUGACCAGUCGUUACCAAUAUUCAAUAGUUUCUUACAUACACAUGGAAUCUCAGUCUAGCGGUUGGUCACUAGAUUACCAGAUUAACAUGACAGCCAAUUAAAAAUCCUUCUUCUUUUUGAUAAUUUGUGUUUUUAUUACAUACUUUAGUACCUUUUUAUUUUAUUUGACGUCUAAGGUAGAUUUACCGCCAACCAACUAUGAGACAGUUGUAUUCUCAAUUGAACAGAGUUGCUGAAAAUGCUGCUGAUGUCAGAUUUUGAAAGCCGGAGGAAAGCAGUCAAAUUUUCGAAACAAUACCCAGAAUAGAAAAUUUGACAUGUCGAUCUGGAUGGAUAAGUAAAAAGAUAAAAUUUCAAACUAGAUAAAAUUCCAGCACAUAUAGGACUUUCUAAAAUUCAAAUCCUAAAAUAGCAAAAUCUCCAACCAGCGUACCAGUUUUGUUGGCAUUUAUAUAUAACAGUGUCAAAUUGUUGAUAAACAAAACACACACAAACUAGACAAAACACAAACACAAAGCAAUGAGUUAUCCGCGGCAAACAAAAGGAAACAGAGCACUCUCCUCUGUUUCAACACUUCUCCUAAGUAUCCUCUUCUUCAUCUCCAAGCCAUCGAACGCCCAGUCUUCUUCUCCAAAGUUCGCAUGUGACGUCACCAAAAACCCUUCUCUAGCCGGUUACGGAUUCUGCAACACGGGUUUGAAUGCCGAAGCCCGAGUCACCGAUCUUGUCGGAAGAUUAACUUUAGAGGAGAAAAUCGGGUUUCUUGUCAGCAAAGCUACCGGCGUGAGCCGUCUUGGGAUUCCAGAUUAUAACUGGUGGUCGGAGGCACUUCACGGCGUCUCUGAUGUCGGAGAUGGUUCUAGUUUCAAAGGUCCAGUCCCUGGUGCCACUAGCUUCCCUCAAGUCAUACUCACCGCUGCUUCCUUCAACGUAUCUCUCUUCCAAGCCAUUGGCAAGGUUGUGUCGACGGAGGCGAGGGCAAUGUACAACGUUGGAGCAGCUGGAUUAACGUUUUGGUCACCGAAUGUGAACAUAUUUCGUGACCCGAGAUGGGGAAGAGGUCAAGAGACCCCCGGCGAGGACCCCACGCUCGUUAGCAAAUACGCGGUGGCUUAUGUUAAAGGUCUUCAGGGUACUGACGGUGGAGAUCCUAACCUUCUUAAAGUUGCGGCUUGCUGCAAACACUACACGGCCUAUGAUGUUGAUAACUGGAAAGGCGUCAGUCGUUACACUUUCAACUCCUUGGUGAACCAACAAGAUAUGGAUGAUACGUUUCAACCACCGUUUAAGAGCUGUGUGGUUGAUGGGAAUGUGGCUAGUGUCAUGUGUUCUUACAACCAAGUUAACGGUAAACCGACAUGCGGUGAUCCUGACCUGCUUUCUGGUGUGAUCCGUGGUCAGUGGAAGUUAAAUGGGUAUAUUGUUUCGGAUUGUGACUCAGUAGAAGUGAUGUACGCGAACCAACACUAUACCAAAACUCCAGAGGAAGCUGUGGCCAAAUCUAUGUUGGCAGGUUUGGAUUUGAACUGUGAUCAUUUCACAGGUCAACACGCACUGGGCGCGGUCAAGGCUGGUUUGGUUAAAGAAACAGAUGUUGACACUGCGAUUUCAAACAACUUCGCGACUCUGAUGCGUUUAGGAUUCUUCAAUGGCGACCCCAAGAAGCAUCCCUACGGUAAUCUUGGUCCUCAGGACGUUUGCACUGCCGAGAACCAAGAACUCGCUAGAGAAGCCGCAAGGCAAGGCAUUGUCUUGCUCAAGAACUCUCCCGGUUCGCUUCCCUUCUCACCUUCAGCGAUCAAAACGCUAGCAGUGAUCGGACCAAACGCUAAUGUCACCGAUACAAUGAUCGGAAACUACCACGGCGUACCAUGCAAGUACACAACGCCACUUCAAGGACUAGUGGAAACAGUGUGGGCGAAGUAUCAGAUGGCAUGUCCUAACGUGGCGUGCACGGAGGCGGAUAUAGAUUCAGCCACUUCUCUAGCGGCUUCAGCUGAUGCGGUUGUGCUAGUGAUGGGAACAGAUCUAUCAAUCGAGAGGGAGGACCAUGACAGAACCGACUUGCUCCUACCCGGAAAACAACAACAGCUUGUGACCGAGGUGGCUAAGGUUGCUAAAGGACCGGUGGUGCUAGUCAUCAUGUCCGGUGGAGGACUAGACGUUACUUUCGCCAAGAACGAUCCCAAGAUCACAAGCAUCAUGUGGGUUGGGUUUCCUGGUCAGGCCGGUGGUCUCGCCAUCGCUGACGUCAUCUUCGGUCGUCAUAAUCCGAGUGGAAAGCUGCCGAUGACUUGGUAUCCUCAGUCGUACGUGGAGAAUCUUCCGAUGUCGAACAUGAACAUGAGACCCGAUAACUCAACCGGGUACCCGGGUCGGAGUUACCGGUUCUACACCGGAGAAACAGUGUACGCCUUCGGAGACGGAAUCAGCUACACUCAUUUCAACCACCGGCUAAUCAAACCCCCACGGCUCGUCUCUCUCGGUCUAGCCAAGAGCCACCCUUGCCGAACUUCAAAGUGCCAGUCAGUUGACGCGACCGGACCUUACUGCGGGAAGGCCAUCGAAGUCCAGCUAAGAGUGAGGAACGCGGGAGAGAGAGAAGGGACCGAGACGGUGUUUCUGUUCACGACGCCGCCGGCUGUGCACAGGUCGCCGGUUAAGCAUCUGGUAGCGUUCGAGAAGGUUCGUCUGGGGAAGAAAGAAAAGGCGGCGGUGAGGUUUAACGUGGAUGUGUGUAAAGAUCUGAGUGUGGUUGAUGAAACAGGGAAGAGGAAGAUCGCUUUGGGGGUACAUGUUCUACAUGUCGGAAGCUUAAAGUACUCCUUGAUUGUUAGGAACUGAUGUGAAUAAAAAUUCGUUUUAUAUUUGUUUUCAAUGUUUUAGUUUCUACAAGAAACGGAAAUUCGUUGAAAUAAAAAGUUAAUAUAUUUGUUUUCAA